CUCUACUGCCAUGUAAUCUGCCCUGUAAUCCUUUCGCCCGAUCCAUACUCAUCAUGGCGAACAUACCACCCACCGUAACCGGCCGAGCGCUUGUGUCUCACAGCCCCUAUAAAACCGGCGGCUGGAAGCUCCAGAAUGUGUCUCUGCGCCCGCUGCGGGAAAAUGAGCUGCUCGUUGAAGUGGUUGCCUCGGGGGUCUGUCAGACGGAUUUGCAUUUCGCGGGGUUGGAAACUGGGCUUGGAGUAAAUUAUCCGCGGGUGAUGGGGCAUGAAGGCGCAGGAUACGUCCGACAAAUCGGCCCCAACGUCACUGCCGCCCGAGUCAACGACCCCAUCCUUAUGUCUUUCUCGUCAUGUCAGACCUGCGAGGGUUGUCGACGAGGUCAUCCCGCGCAUUGCCACAUUUUCGAUCCGAUUAAUUUCGAGGCGACGAGGGAGAAUUAUGUUUUUCGGGGGGAGAAUCAGGAUGGAUCAGGGGAAGCGGAUAUCUACGGCCAAUUCUUUGGACAAUCGAGCUUUGCGAGCUGGACGAUUGUGCAGGAGCAGGCGGUGGUGAAUGUAUCCGGGUUGGUGGAGGGAAAGGAGGAACUGCAGCUGUUGGCGCCGCUGGGGUGUGGGAUCCAGACUGGGGCUGGGGCGGUGAUUAAUGCGGCGGGAGCGAAGGGGGAGGAUACUGUUGCGGUGCUGGGGCUGGGCGGGGUGGGAUUGAGUGCUGUGAUGGGGGCGCGGAUUGCGGGGUGCAAGACGAUCAUUGGGAUUGCGCGGAACGAGGCUCGUUUGGAGUUGGCGUUGGCGGUGGGAGCGACGCAUGUGGUGAGGAUUGAUUCGAAUGCGGAUCUCAGUGCUGUGACGGAGGGGGUGCGUGCCAUUACUAAAGGGAUUGGGGCGGAUAUCACGUUGGAGACGACCGGGGCGCCGGGGUUGGUGGCGGAAGGGAUUCGCAUGACGGCUAACAAGGGGAGGGUGGUUCAGCUUGGGUCGGCGCCGGAGAAUGCAGUGCUCAAUCUUCCCAUUCAUGAGUUUAUGGUGGCUGGAAAGCAGUACAUGGGGGUGGUGGAGGGAGAUGUGGUGCCUCGGGAGUUUGUGCCGAAGAUGAUUGACUGGGUGAAGGCUGGUCUUUUGCCGUUGCGGAAGAUGGUGGGGUUCUAUCAAGCGGGGGACUUUGAGACGGCUUUAAGUGAUAUGAGGAGUGGCAAGACCAUCAAGCCUGUUCUUGUGUGGUAG